AUGGUUGUAAAGUUUCCGUACGUGCCUGUGCUUGGCCGUUCAAAGGUAGAUUUUGACGAUCGUUUGCAAGUGCUUACCAUUCAUUCCUUACAUAGAGAUAUGGCCGGACGACGGCAAAUGGAUCAAAGGCGCGCGGCGGCAGCGCUUCUUGCGCUAGCCGCGUGCUUUGCGUGCUCGACAGCAGCACCCACUGCAAGCAACCAAACUGCAUUAGAUCUUUUUGAAGCACCUGUUGAAGGAUGUUAUUAUAAUUUCCAACACUACGGCGAAGGCGAUCGCAUCAUGACAAAUGAGCCAUGUUUAAAUUGCACGUGCCACAAUAGAAUGCUGAUGUGCUACCUGAGGGUCUGCCCGUUCACUAAACCCAUUGGACAAGACUGUACUGUGGAGAAACGUGCAGAUCAGUGCUGCCCCAUCGUAACUUGCCCCGAUGUUCCAGUUGAUCUGUUAACUUCAACCUCAACAUCGUCUCCGGCGGAAUAUGGUGCAACUGGAUUAGGAAAGGUGGAUAAAUAUGGUUGCAGUAUAGAUGGCAAAUACUUUUCCGAAGGAUCUAAAGUACCACCUACCCCCAAUAAACCGUGUGAACAUUGCUAUUGUAUUCACAACAUGACAACAUGUGUAAUGCAAGAAUGUACCUUACACGUGGACGGAUGCACCCCGAUAUACCAUAAGGAUGUCUGCUGUCCGAUCAGAUACUCAUGCGAUCACGAUGAGGAUGAGAUACCUCUUUUAGAUGAUAUGACAACCACCGUGAGACCGACGCCAGGAUUCUUAUUAACAACGACGACGAUGAUGCCUGUGACACAAGCAACGCAAGAUUGUGUCCACGAAGACAAAAUCUUUGCUGACGGUGCUCUCAUUAAGACUGAAAAGGCGUGUGAGCAUUGCUACUGUAUGAAAGGAGAUAUUGUAUGUAUAGUUCAAGAAUGUGGCGCACCGAUGGAAAACGAAGGAAAGAAUUGCACUUCUUUACCACCCAAACAGGGACAAUGCUGUCCAGAUACAUAUAUUUGCGAAGGAGAUGAAGCAGCGUCAACAGAACUAUACGAAGAUAUUACUACCUUAUCACCACCUAGAAGAGUAGAAGGAAGUGGCUAUAGAAAUGAGCCGGAUGAAGCAUACACAGAAAUUCCAUCAAUAGGAGACGCGGAAAUAGAAGGCAGCGGUGAAGAGAACUUAUUUACUACCACCAGCAGCAGUGAUUCUGUAAGGGAUAUUUCAACAGUAACAAAUGAUGAACAAUAUUCUCACAGUCCAGAAAUGGAUACAAGCAAUGUACCAGACUUGACAACAGCUCAAAAUGAUCUAAUUAAGGAUGAGGAAAUUGCAGUUACAACAGCGUCAUCACCCUCUUCCUUGAAUCCAACAGUUUCCGAAAGCGAAACAGAAUUUAUUGAUAAAGAGAAACAUUAUGACGUAACAACUUCGUUACCGACUGAAUCUAUCGAAUAUUCUUCUAUCAGCGACAUAGAUUCAACACAGAAAUCUGACAUCUCUAACACAGCUACUGAAUCAACUACGUCCAGACUGGGAGAUGAUGAUUCAACUGUGCGAGAUCUUGGACAAGAAAUAACUACAAAAUCGAGUGGUGAUAUAACUUAUUUAGAUAAUAUGACUCCUACAGACGAAGAAUUUAUCAUGGCUACUAAUUUACCUGAGAAUACGCAGAAAAUUGACGAUAGUUUUGAGGAAAGAGUAACAACUGUCAAAUUACAAGAAGAAUCUAUCCUUGAGCAUACUACUGACAAAUUAACAACAAAAGCCACACCUUCAUACGAAUAUACUACACCUCACACUACGAUUAUUGGACAAGAAACAACUACUUUAAAUAUACAGGAGAAUGAAAUCUUAGAAGAAACUUUGCCUGCAAGAAUACCUGGUGAAGGAGAUUGCCUUCUCGAAGGUAUAACGUACAAAAACAAUACUUUUGUUCCAAGUACAAACAAAUGCCAAUCAAGAUGUAAGUGCAUUAGUAGCAUUAUUAAAUGUGAUCCCAUAAUAUGUACGCCACCUUUGGAGUAUAUGGAAAAUAUGAAUGAUUGCCAACCUGUGUAUGAUACACCAGAUUCAUGCUGUCCAACGUAUAUAUGUAGUACAAAAGAAACUAUUGCACCUGAAUCACAUAGUCAAAUGUCAGGAACAGAGACUCCAAAACCAAUCAUCGAAUGUUCAGGUGAUGACUGUGACGCACAAAAAGAAGGUGCUGUAAAAGAAAAGCCUGUUGAAAAUAACUGUGGUGAGAGUGGAUGCUUAGACAAAGAAAGUCCUAUACCAACGGAAAAUGACGUAAAGGAAUGCUUAGACGGCAAAUGCAACAUUAACAAAUACCCUGUUUCAGACACUCAAAUAUGUGACAAAGAAAGUGGUUGCCAAGAACCAGUAAAUACAUCAUGCAAAAGUGAUAACUGCGAUAAAUUAGAUCAACAUAGUCACAUACCUGAAAAGUCUGAAACGGAUACGGCACUUUGUAAUAAUGAAGGCUGCCAAGCAGCACCGAUCAAGCCUUGUGAAGGUGAAGACUGCAAAAUAGAAUCAGACACAUUGGAAAAUAAUAUUAAGGACAAAGAAACUGACAAAGAUCAGGAUAUCUCAUGUAAAGAUGACAGUUGUAGACGAAAAGAAUAUUCUGGAGCUGAAGUAGAAGUCCAAUGUUCAGGGGUGGAUUGUGCACAAGGAGAAAUGGUUCCUGAACAUCAGGAUACUACAGGACACGAAAGUACAACUAAGCCUGAAGACGUAACCAAACCUUUGUUAGACAUAACAGAAACAAAUCUUGAUAAAGAACAUCACGAAAAUCAUUAUCCGGAACCAUCACGUACAACAGAAUCUGCUAUUGUUGAAAAUACGCCACUGGAAUCAACAUCUGUAGACACUGUAAAUGAAUCAUCUGAAGACUUCGUAACACACCAAGAAGACGUUAGUACACAAUCGUCCAUUCCGGUAACUACAGUAAAACUUGACACAUUUAAUGAUCUUAAAGAUAUAGAGCGAUCUACAGAAUAUAUUGAAGAAAUAACAUUACCACCUGCUCAAGAAUUAACUCCUGUACAAGACAUAGAACCAUCGACCGAAGAACCAUUGGCUGAAUCGACAACAGUACAUGAUGUCGAAUACGACGUUAGUAUCGUACCAGUUUCUGAUAAAACUUUAUCAGAACCUAAACCAACAUCAAUCAUAGAUGUACCUAAAACAACAGUGCCAAAUGAGGUUGACGCUACUGAAGCAACUACUAUUGAAAAUAACUUAUUAUCUCAGGAUAAUCAAAUAGAUGAUAAGAUCCCAUCAAUACAGAUUACUAUACCAACAGAGGAGACAACAAUAUCAGCAGAAAGUGCCACACAUGCGCCACAAUUAAUAACAUCUUCCGAAAUUCCAGAGUCUGAAACUGUAUCAACAAGAGAAAUGGCAUAUGAGGAUCUUACAGUAGAGCCUUUAGGAAAAGUGACUGUACUUCCAGAAGUUACAUCAGAAUAUCCUUCUGUUGACCAUAAGGAAGUAACACCUUUAUCUGAUUCAACGUUGUCUUCUGAUGAUAUUGUAACUGUCUCUCAGGACAAAGAUGACUCAACUAGAACAUCUCCAACUGAAGAAUAUGAUAAUACUCAUACACAAUUUGCUGCAAGUACAGUAAAAGACAAUGAAAUAUCUGAACAGGCCACAACACAACAAUAUGCUACCGUUGCUUUAGAAGAGUCAUCUAAAAUUCACGAAGAUCAAUUUGAUCUUUCGAGUGAAACAACACCGUCUAAUACAAAUGAUAACGAUAUUGAAAUAUAUCAUACCGAGAAACCAACUGAUACAGAUUCACCGACAGCUCAAACUGAAAUAGAAUCAAUAAAUCCAACAACAGAGAGUAUUCAUGAUCAUCACGAGUCUUCUGCGUUAUAUGAAACAACUACAGCAGCGGUGGAAAAUAAAGUAGAUCAAAAACCAAUUACUAAUAUUAUAGAAGUACACACUGACAGUCCUAAUCGUUUAACCACCGAUUCUAUUGAAUACAGUACUAUGCAAAAUAUUGAUAAUUUGUCUGACGCUCAAUACUCAACUAACGCUCCCAUGACAGACGAGCAUAUUACUAAAAAGAAUGAAGUAGAAAAGGCAACCGAAAUAGUUAGUACACUGUCACCCCUUAUUGAAGAAGAAGCAUCUACUAAGUAUUCGGAAGUAACUAAAACAUCAUCUGACUUAUUUGAUUCAGAUAGAACUACCGAAUCGUCUAUUAAAAAUAUUGAGGAAGAUCAAAAAGAAACGCCUGCGUAUGAAACAACUGAUGAAUUAAAAAUAACAACAAAGCCCCACGAAGACUUUGAAUCCCAUAUCACCACACCAACGUAUACAGAAGAUAAACUAACAUCAGUAGAUGUAAAAUAUGAUGACUCUUCAAAAUAUUUGACCACUAAUAUUCCUAGCGUUUCUGAAGGUAUAUCGGAUUCCAUAAAAGAAUUAACAACCGACGAUAGUGUUAUGGUACAAACAAGUAAAUAUCCCGCAACUGAAGAACCAAAUAUAUAUAAAGGAAAUGAUAAAGAAACAGACUCUUCAAAGGAACAAAAUCUAGGCCUUUCUACCACAGAUAAAACUGAACCUUACGAUUCCACAGAAUUUGGCACUCAUGCUCCGGAUAAACUCUUUGAUGAGAAUCUCUCCAGCACCUCGUCUGUUAGUUUAUUACCUGAAGAAGAAAGCACAAGUUUAGUAGUCAAGGAGAAUGAAAUUACUGAAUCACCUCAAAUCGAUGUCACUAUGCUAACAUCAGACAAGACUAUUGUUGAAGACGUGGUACACGCUACAACACCCAACAUUUAUGAAAACGAUAGUACAAAAUCACAGACACAUCCAAUAGAUGAGACUUCAUUUGAAAGUACUACCCAGUCUGACCUAAUUGAUUUCAAUGUUCAAACAGAAUCUACUUCUUCAACAUCCGCAGAUGGAGUAUCAGAAGUUACAGAAUCAGAAAUUAAAAUGACAUCAAGUAGCUUUGAAAAUAAAGAUAAGAUAACUGAACAACCUACGUCACCAAAUACUGAAAAACAAAUCAUACUUACAACUGAAGCGGUUACAGAAAGUAUACAAACAAUGAAAGUAACAGAGUUAAUGGAAUCUGAAAGAACUACAGAAGCUGAGAACAAACUUCAAAUUCAAGAUGAAAUGGAUGAAGAAAAGACAACAUCGAGUAAGGAAUCGCUAACAACAGAAAGAGGGGACAUUUUCGAUGCGACUUCAUCUGACGCAGAACUGCAACAUCCGAGAAUAACGGAUAUACCUCAUGAAACCACAGCCUCUGAUAAAGAAUACACUACAUCUAAGUCCAUUCAACAAACAUAUUCAGAAACUCCGUUAACUGAAGUGCCUAGUAAAGAAGAGUUUUCAGAAGUUACCACUCUUUCAGAUAUGGAAAAAAUUUACCCUACAAGUCAGCCUCCUCAUGAUGAUAUUACAAAGGAAAUUAAUGUAGAACCUUUGACGGAAAAGGAAAUUGAUACUACCGAAUCUUCAAUUUCUGUCGACAGUAACCACAUAACUACAGAACAUAUAACAACUUUGGAACCUGAAGAUGAAAAGGUUACUGAGGUUACGGAGCAUCCUUUAGUAAUGCAAAAAACAACAGAACAACCAGAAUCGUUAAUAACGGAUGAAGGCACAGGUGAGGUUAACAAGGAAAUUGAUCCGGUAACCGAAACGCAAUCAUCAAUAACUACUGAAAAAUCAUUUGAAAUAACUAAGUCACCUGAAAAAUCAACCGAAAUCGAUAAAAAAUAUAUCGACAAAGAGAGUUCUUUAGUAACAGAAGUUCCAAUGUUUGUCGAAACUACUACCUCAUCGGGAAUAGACUCAACAAACGCACAACAAAUUGUUUCUAAAACAACAGAGGAGCCUUUAGUUACUUAUACGGAGAGUAUUGAAAAACAAACACCAGAAACGGACAUUACUAAACUUAUUUUACCUCCAACUCUUCCUACCGAAACACAAACGGAUAAAACAGAAACAAACACGGACGAAUUAUCUGUUAUUCCUGUAACAUCAGAUAUAUCACAAUCACAAGUUAUUACUCAGUCUCCUUUGCCUUCAGAAGAUGCGCCAACUGAAGAGCCCCAAGAUACCGUUACAAAAUUGACUGAUGAAAAUAUAAAUGUGGGCGAUAUUGCCCAAGACAUUGACGUUUCGUCUCAAAAAGAUGCAGUUAUAACUACCACAGAAAUUGUAUCUGAUGUGAAAACGGUUGAACCUGAAACAGUAACCGAAAGUAAAUACGAGCACUCUGAAACAACGCCCUAUAUUGUCGAACUAGAGGAACAUACACAUCAAAUAAUACAAGAAACUACUACGGCUCCUGUAGCUGUUUCUACAGCGACUAUACGCCGCAAACGACUGAGCAUGAUGUCUUGA